AGGCCCUGUCAUGUAUGGACCUUAUUGCUUCGAAGCUGGAGAAGGACGUGGACCUCCCCAUGAUCGACCAACUGUACGAGAGAUGCAACUCUGCCAUAGAUGAGCUCAGGUCCUCUCAGCCAAACCCACACAUAUCGGCUUCUCUUGAGAAUUUGCUAGAAACAUUAAGCUUCCAACAGUCAUUAUUGGAUUCGCGACGCAGGGCCAAUGGAACAGAUCGGAGGAGAACAGUUAGUGAAGGCUGCUUGAAAUACAAAGGCAACUGCAAAGCCAGGAGCUGCAGCAUGCGCAGGAACUCGGAACGCUUUGAGAGGGAAGCCGACCGUUUCUUGGAGGUCGAAGAUAUGUUGAUGCCGCUGAGUGCUGAAGGAGGCUCUUUAGAAGACAUCGCUGGCCUGCAUGAGGUCAAGCAAAUCCUACGGGAAGCAGUUGUGAUGCCUAUGCAGUAUCCCCAAUUGUUUCAAGAUGGUGCGCAGCCAUGGACACGUCUCCUGCUCUACGGUCCUCCAGGAACAGGGAAGACUGUUUUGGCUCGAGCACUUGCUUCUGAGCUACAAUGUCCUUUCUACUGUGUUUCAUCUGCCAAUCUACUCUCCUCUUGGGUCGGAGAGUCAGAAAAGCUUAUAAGGGAAUUAUUCCAUCAAGCACAAAGUCACUCGGGCCAGUGUGUUAUUUUUAUUGAUGAAAUUGACAGUUUGUGCAGGAUCCGCUCACAGAUGGAAGAUGAACAUUCACGCAGGGUGAAGACAGAGUUGCUGCAGCAGAUGGAAGACAUAAAGAGGAAUGGGAGGUCGUCAGUGUUUGUGAUGGGGGCCACCAACUGCCCUUGGGACCUUGAUCCGGCCUUCCUCAGGAGGUUCCAGAGGCGGGUCUAUGUUCCUCUCCCUGACAGAGAGAGUCGCCGAGCAAUAAUUUCCAGCCAGUUCAAGACGACUCCCUUAGAACUUACUGAUCCAGAGUGGACAAAUCUCCUGGACACCACGGAAGGGUUCUCGGGCGCUGAUCUCACACACCUUGCAAUGGCCGCUGCCUUCUUCCCCAUCCGGGAACUGCAGACUUCUCGCUUCUGGAGGUUUACUCAUGAUAACAAAAUCACCCCCUGUUCAAGUGACACUCUUGGGUCCAUGCAGUAUCCACUGAGUAAGCUUCCAGCAGACAAGGUUAUAGCUCGUCAAGUAGAGCUGAAGGAUUUCAUCUCAGCCUUGCAAACGACACCGCGCACAGUCUCGCCAAAGGUUGUUCAACAGCAUCACGAGUUCUCCAUGGCCUCCAGCCAUAGUUAGGGCUUUGUAGCUUCCCUGACAUUGCUCCUCUCUCUUCUUUGAUGUUUCUCUAUAGUAUAUCAAAAAUUUAUGAAUUUUCUUUUGAGAAGAAAAUGAAGAAUUACUCAAUGUAAUUACUAGUCAUAACAGAAAUAAAGGCAAUCAUUUUGA